AUCAACAGCCCAACCCUUUGAGUGACGUCAAGGCCUGAAGAUGGCUGAGGGUCUUGAAGCUUCCCAGCACUCUCUUCUUUCCUAAGUCUUUUGUCUCUUAAAGUUGUCUGGGGCCCCAUCUGGGCCCUCCCCCUCCUGAGAGCCAGGAUCAAGAGGGUCUUAAGUGGUCACUGGCAGCAGUGCAGUGGUGGGAUAAGUCUGUGAAAAAGCAUCCCUGGGGGAAUUUGACCCGACAAUGGCUGCCUGUUGCUGGAGGGCUACUGUUGUCCCUCUGGGGGACAACUAAGCAGAUUGGCCCAGCUAACCUGGACUUGGCCGACAACCUUGGCCUCCAUCACAGCUGCCCGCUCCUAGCCCUCUCCAUUCUGGCUCAUCAGGAAGAUGUUUCCCUUCAAGGUGGGCAAGGUGGGCCUUGCUCGCUUCUGCCCACUGGCGGCCUCCUCUGCCAGUGUUCACAGAAAGAAGCUAAUCCACAAGCUUCAGCAGGAAAAGGCUUUCCUGGCCGAAAUGAAACUGUUCCAUGAGAAAAUUCAAGACUUCAGGGAGCAGAUGUGGAGUUUCCGGGGCAAGAUCCGUGCUUUCCAGGGUCAAAUCUUGGGCUUCUGGGAAGAGGAGAAACCUUUCUGGGAAGAGGAGAAAACCUUCUGGAAAGAAGAGAAGAACUUCUGGGAAAUGGAGAACUCUUUCCGGGAAGAGGAGAAGACCUUUUGGAGAAAGUAUCACACUUUCUGGAAGGAGGACAAGGUCUUCUGGAAAGAGGAAAAUGCCUUAUGGGAAAGAGACCGGAACUUGCUUCAGGAGGAUAAGGCCCUAUGGGAGGAGGAGAAGGCACUGUGGGUGGAGGAGAGAGAGCUACUGGAGGAGGAGAAAGCCCUCUGGGAAGACAAGAAAUCCCUCUGGGAGGAGGAGAACGCGCUGUGGGAGCAAGAAAGGGCCUUCUGGGUGGAAGGUGGUGGCCAGGGGGCCGGCGCGCAGGUGCUGGGUGAGGAGCUUCCCGACGGCAAUGCUGGGCAACGAUUGUUCAAGAUCUCUAGGGCAAGGGCAUAGCAGGGACAGAGCUGGAGCACACACAUCCUUCCGGCUGGCCCUA